AUGUUUUCCUCUGGGUUAGGAGAUUCACGUGGUGCAGUUACCAAUACGCGACAAACUGUCUCCUCUGCGUCCCGUUCUGCUCCUGGCCCCCAGUCUGUAAACUAUCCUGUCGUUCUUCAAGUUGGUGCCGAUGAACCCUCCACCGAUCAGGUUUUCUCACUCGAUUACGGUUCCAUCGGCUAUAGGUCCGACGAUGUUCUUCAGCCACCCUCUUCCAAUGCUAUCUUGGACGGAUUUUACCGCUGUCUUAUUAUAGAGGCAUACAUCAGUAGUAUAUAUACUCUUUACUUCUUUUGGUCAGAAGACUCUUCAAAGACAUCCUCGGUUGAGUCUAGCACUAUUGACGACACUCUCGAUCAAAUCCCGGUUUUCGUGAAUUCCACGAAAGGACCACCGAACACACCCCCGCGCCACCGGGCAGACCUGGCAGUCACCCAAGACAAUGCUGAGAAGAUGCUUGCGCUACGAGUAUCCUUGGGGAACCCGGAGAGGAUCAUGACAAGAGAUGAGGCCAAUGCGAGACGCGACUUGGCAUUGCGACUACAGGCGGAAUUCGACGACAUUACGCCUGGAAACGAGAUCCACGAAGAUGACCUGCCGUUUAUCAUCAAGAGUCCUCGGCCUCGGAUCCAGUUCUACAAACACACGUGCAACGAACGCGCUUAUGCCUACAAGACUGUCUAUGCUUAUAUAUGUUCUACGACUCGCUGGAUGUCCUGA